AUGGAUAACGAAAAUAACAUUCACGAAGCCAUAAAACCUAUAUCCUGGCUUGCCGGCAGUUGGGUUACAGAACACGGUCAUGGAUCAUUUCCGAAUUUGAAAGAGUUCGAAUACCGCGAAGAACUAGAGUUCUUAUGUGUCGGUCAGCCAAUGUUUAACUAUGUAUCAAUGUCACGGCACCCAGAAACCGGAACACCUAUGCACCAAGAGAGAGGCUUCCUCAGAAUAAACCCUGGGACUAAUCAACUGACUUUCAUUUUGAGUCAUAAUUUUGGACUUUCAACCAUUGAGGAGGGUCACUUUGAUGCUGACAAGAAAGAAAUAAAACUGCAAACUGUUAAUGUUACUAGGACAUCUUUUGCCAAACCACCUCAUGUCCAAAGCUUCAAACGAGAGAUAAGAAAGCUGUUGUGCAAUCCCGCUAGUAAAGCUGAUGAAAAUAUACGGAAUUUGAAAAAGUUCAUGUUCGUCGAUUACUUCAAAUGUGGUUGCGAAGACAAGCGAAGAGGGAUGAAGUUGAUCUUAUCAAAGCAUAUCGCCCGGGCUGAGCUAGUGAAACGCGCUCCUAAGUUAGCCAAUGUUCCGCCACUUGCCUACACCAAGCCAUCCAAAAAAUUUGACACCGAUGUACUAAGAGAAAUGCGGCUUCUGCAUAAGUCCUGGGGCUGA